CUGCAAAACUAAUUGUGGACUCAAAAACACCAUAACUAUAGCCCAAAUAAUCAAACAGCUAUCCUAUGCCCAGCGAAGCAUCAACUGCUGCCAACUUCUCCAACUGAGAAAACAAUAAUAGAAAAAGAAAGAAAGAAAGUAACAAUACAAUUAUCUGUACUACCAAUUCUCACUACCUUCCCUCUUAAUAAUCAACGAAACAGUUCAAAACUCAGCACUCAAAAUCCUACAUGUCCAGAUCACUGAAUUAUACCUUCUGACACCAAAAAGAGAAAAGAAAGAAUUCUUGGUCUAUCACAGACCAAGAUGGACAUACUCUUCGCUCAGAUCCAAGCAGACCUCCGUUCCAAUGACGCAUUACGCCAAUCCGGCGCACUCCUCCAAGCACUCCAACAAUCCGCCGCCGGCCGCGACAUUUCCGUCAUUGCUAAAACCGCCGUUGAAGAGAUCGUCGCUGCACCAGCCUCUGCCGUCUGUAAAAAGCUCUCAUUUGACCUAAUUCGGUCAACUCGUCUCACCGCCGAUCUAUGGGACUCCGUUUGCACCGGCGUCCGUAACGAUCUCCACUUUCCUGACCCUGAUGUCACCGCCGCCGCCGUCUCCAUUCUGGCCGCCAUGCCUUCUUACUCUCUCUCUAAGAUCAUCAUGGAUUCGAACGCGGAAAUCUCGGGGUGUUUUGAUUCGCUAAGUGAUAAUUUACGGUUUUCCAUAACUGAAACCCUAGGUUGUAUAUUAGCUCGUGAUGACAUGGUUACUUUAUGUGAAAAUAAUGUCAAUUUAUUAGAUAAGGUCUCCAAAUGGUGGGCCAGGAUAGGGCAAAAUAUGCUGGAUAAAUCCGACGCUGUUUCCAAAGUAGCAUUUGAAUCAGUUGGGAGAUUGUUUCAUGAGUUUGAUUCUAAAAGAAUGAGUCGGUUAGCUGGUGAUAAGUUAGUUGAUAGUGAAAAUUCAUUAGCAAUUAGGUCAAAUUGGGUUUCCUCGAUCAUUGAUUUUAUUUGGAAAAGAAAAAGUGCUUUAAUGUCUAGGUCUUUGAUUUUGCCCGUUGAGAAUUUUAGAGCUACUGUGUUCCCACUUGUGUAUGCCGUUAAGGCGGUUGCUUCUGGGAAUGUUGAGGUGAUUAGAAAGGUUUCUAAGGUAGCUAGUGGGGUUAAUGCUACUAGUGUGGUGGAUUCUACUGCUGAGAAAUUAGUUGGGGUUAAUGAUGUGGUUACACAUUUGGCGCCAUUCUUAGCAAGUUCAUUGGAUCCGGCUUUGAUUUUUGAAGUGGGGAUUAAUAUGUUGUAUUUGGCUGAUGUGCCUGGGGGUAAGCCGGAGUGGGCUUCUCAGUCUAUUAUUGCCAUUUUGACUCUUUGGGACAGGCAAGAGUUUUCUUCGGCGAGAGAGAGUAUUGUUCGAGCUGUUGUUACAAAUUUGCACCUCCUUGAUCUUCAUAUGCAGGUUUCAUUGUUUAAAAGGCUGCUUUUGAUGGUGAGAAAUUUGAGGGCAGAGUCAGAUCGUAUGCAUGCUUUAGCAUGUAUUUGUCGGACAGCUCUUUGUGUCGACCUUUUUGCCAAGGAAAGUGUACGAAGAGGUCAGAAACCUCUUGCAGGCACCGACAUUGCUUCACUUUUUGAAGAUGCAAGAAUAAGGGAUGAUCUCAAUAGUAUAACAAGUAAAAGCUUAUUUAGGGAAGAGUUAGUGGCAUCAUUGGUAGAAAGUUGCUUCCAGUUGUCUCUACCGUUGCCUGAACAACAGAGCUCAGGGAUGGAGAGCAGAGUGAUUGGAGCUUUGGCUUAUGGAACUGGCUAUGGAGCACUAAACUGGACAGAACCAGCUUUGGAAGUGGUGGAAGUUUGUAGGCCUUGUGUCAAAUGGGAUUGUGAUGGCAGGACCUAUGCAGUUGAUUGCUAUUUGAAGUUGCUUGUAAGGCUGUGCCAUAUCUAUGAUACCCGAGGAGGUGUAAAAACUGUUAAAGAUGGUGCUUCUCAGGAUCAAAUUUUAAACGAGACAAGGCUGCAAAACCUUCAACGGGAACUUGUGAAGGAUCUAUGUGAGGUAAGUACCCCAAGAAUAUGUGCCCGUCUUAUUUGGGCAAUCGCAGAACACAUUAAUCUGGAUGGCUUGGAUCCUCUUCUUGCUGAUGACCCUGAGGAUCCAUUGAACAUUAUUAUAUCAAAUAUACACAAGGUCUUAUUCAAUAUUGAUGCAUCUGCAAAUACAUCAAAUAGGCUUCAAGAUGUUCAGGCAGUGCUUCUAAGUGCGCAGCGGUUGGGAUCACGUAACCCUAGGGCUGGUCAGUUACUAAUUAAAGAGCUGGAAGAAUUCAGGAACAAUGUGUUGGCUGAUUCGGUCAACAAGCAUCAGUGCCGUUUAAUAUUGCAGAGAGUUAAAUAUAUUCAAAAUUGUCCGGACAAUAAGUGGGCUGGGGUUAGUGAAGCCAGAGGAGACUAUCCAUUUAGCCACCACAAACUUACAGUACAGUUCUAUGAAGCAGCUGCUGCACAGGAUAGAAAAUUAGAAGGGUUGGUUCACAAGGCUAUAUUAGAGCUCUGGAACCCAGAACCUAAUGAAUUAACUAUUUUGCUGACUAAAGGAAUUGAUUCUAAAUUACUCAAGGUUAUGCCAGCUGCAUACACUUUAACUGGUAGCAGUGAUCCAUGCUAUGUUGAAGCCUAUCAUUUGGCGGACUCAGGUGAUGGAAGAAUCUCCCUGCAUUUGAAGGUUUUAAAUUUGACUGAACUUGAACUCAAUCGAGUGGAUAUUCGGGUUGGGUUAUCUGGCUCAUUAUAUUUUAUGGACGGAUCUCCUCAGGCUGUACGGCAGCUACGUAAUCUUGUUUCACAGGAUCCAGUACUCUGUAGUGUGACUGUAGGUGUGUCCCACUUUGAGAGAUGUGCCCUUUGGGUUCAAGUUCUAUAUUACCCAUUCUAUGGAAGUGGUGCAAUAGGAGAUUAUGACGGUGAUUAUGCUGAGGAGGAUCCACAAAUUGUGAGGCAGAAAAGAAGUUUAAGACCUGAACUAGGAGAACCUGUGAUAUUGAGGUGUCAGCCUUACAAAAUCCCGUUGACUGAACUUCUUUUGCCACAUAAAAUAUCACCUGUCGAGUUCUUUCGCUUAUGGCCCAGUUUACCUGCUGUAGUAGAGUAUACUGGUACAUACUUAUAUGAAGGAAGUGGCUUCAAGGCUACUGCUGCGCAGCAAUAUGGGUCUUCUCCAUUCCUAAAUGGAUUGAAAUCUUUGUCCUCCAAGCCUUUCCACAGCGUCUGUUCCCACAUCAUCCGGACAGUAGCAGGGUUUCAGCUUUGUUACGCUGCAAAGACUUGGUUUGGGGGCUUCUUGGGCCUGAUGAUUUUUGGGGCCAGUGAAGUUAGCAGAAAUGUAGAUCUAGGUGAUGAAACAACCACCAUGGUGUGCAAAUUUGUGGUUCGAGCAUCAGAUGCAUUAAUCACCAAGGAGAUUGAGUCAGACUUGCAAGGCUGGUUGGAUGACCUCACUGAUGGGGGUGUGGAGUACAUGCCUGAAGAUGAAGUCAAGGAAGCUGCUGCUGAGAGGCUUAGGAUAUCAAUGGAACGAAUAGCGUUGCUAAAAGCUGCCCAACGACCACCAAAAACUCCAAAAUCUGAUGAUGAAGAAGAAGGCGAGGAAGAAGAGGAAGAUGAAGGUAAAAAGGAAAAGAAGGAAAAGAAAGAUGGUGAAGAAAAUAGUAAACCUAAAGGAACCUUGUCAAAGUUGACUGCAGAGGAGGUUGAGCACAUGGCGCUUCAAUCAGCUGUGCUACAGGAGUGGCACAUGCUUUGCAAAGAGAGAAGCGCCCAAGUAAAUUAACCACAUGUUUUGUUCUUCGAAAAGGGUUUGAUUAUACUCUUUGUAUUUGUGUAAUCUAGUUCUGAUACUUGGAUAGGUAGGACAUAUACCGCCUCUUUUUUUUUCCUUUUGUUUCUGGGAUAUUCCCUUGUACAUGCUGUACCGGCUAGGCAUUGUUCCAUUGCUUCUUGCGAAAGAACUAAAAAAAAAUGAGUUGUAUUGUUUUCUGAUGGUAGGUUCACUACCAUUUCGGAACACAUUUUUCUGUACACACUUUAGAUUUGGAAUUGGAGUGUUAAUGCUAUCAAAUUUUUUCUUCU